UCCGCAAAAUCGCGGAACGAGCGGUGAACCAUUCGCGAUGAUGCUUUCAUUUCCCUCAAGCCGGCGGAGAGGGAGUAGGAAGGCAGCGGGCGCGCCUGAGAACCCGAACAUCGUGCGUUCUGGACCGAGGAAAAUCUCGAAUUGCUCUAACUUCAGAAAUGAUGUUGACACGGGAUAAAGAUAGCUGAUGGAUUCCGAAUCAUCGUUCGGACCUGGGGGCGGGUUACGCAGUCUGUUCAAGUCUUACGCGGAUUCAGACACGGCAUUGCCGUUGCAGUUUCAACGUUUGGAGCGUGCGGUACGAUUGGAUCCGCUUCUAGACCAAAUGGAAGCCGUUUUCAAGGAAUUGCCGAGUGAUGAAGAAUCAUCUUCAAGUGACGAUGACGUGGAGCUUGCCAGUGACAUAACCGUUGGUGAGCGUUCGCAGAGAAUCGCAGUAGAAGUUCGACAAGAGAAGAUUGAAAUGCGGAAGCGAUUCUACAAUUUUUCUGGUCUUGCUGACGAUCGGAAAUGGAUCAAAGACUUUCUGCUUGACAUAAGUUCCGAUGAAGAUCUUGGGGAAGAUGAAGAAGAACCUAUUACGGAGGAUGAAUUUCAGUCCAUGUUCAGGCAUCAUGUUCGCGAACGUCGCUUCAAGAUUGAAUGGUCUCAAGAACCGGAGAAAAGCAAGUUCAUGUAUUAUUGUGCGACUGUACUGAGGAAAGGAGAUGAAUACCAUGCCAAUCUUUCGCGUUCUAUUGGCAUGAAGCUACCAGGUGUUCAAGCAGUAUCCGUUAUGGCUGGUUCCGUUAACAGAAAAUCGCACGCAGAGGCGAAUAGCAGGAAAGAAAAACCUGCAAGGUCUGCACGUUCCGAGAUGACCGCAAAACUUAAGACAGCGUCGCCUGUCACUUCUCCUGAACUUGCUCCAGUGACAAAAACGCAGGCUCGUGAGAGAAAAAUAGAUGGCCAACGGAAGCGGAGAGGGAAAUCGCGUGAGCAAAAAGAACUCGAAGAAGCCAUUGCUAGACGCAAGAAGCAAUGGUUACUUCUUGUGAAGAAAGAUAUACAUAAGGGUUACAAAAUCAGGAUGAAUAUUCGACGGGACGGUUUGCAACAAUCUAAGAAGAUGGCUCAGAUGUGCCUGAAGUAUCGUAGACAGGAAGUUAUGACCUUCCAGAGACCGCCAAAUUCUGUGAUGUCAUUGUGCAAACGGUUGACCAAAGAAAUGUUGGUAUUCUGGAAGAAGCACGAGAAAGUUGAAAGGGAACUUCGAAGAAAAGUUGAGAAGGAAAUAGAAGAACAACGCCAGCGAGACAUGGAAUUGCUCGAGGCAAAGCGUCAGCAGCGUAAACUGAACUUUCUCAUUACACAAACGGAGUUAUAUGCUCAUUUCUUGAGUCGGAAACUCAGCGGUGCAUCUGCUGAAGAUGGGGAAAGCAUACUUCGUGAACUGGAUGAUAAUUCUGUUCGCCUCCAAGAGGACGAUUACGACGCUGACGAGGCAAAACGACAAGCUGUCUCAAAUGUUACGCAUGCCCUGGAAUUGCAGAAGUCUCGCAUUGGUUCCUCGUCGUUGACUGAAGCGGGAGCAAAUUACUCUGAAGAUUGCCCUCAAGCAUCAAUAUUCUGCGGUAGCUUAAAGGAAUAUCAGCUGAAAGGUAUCAGCUGGCUAGCGAACUUAUACAGUCAGGGUAUCAGCGGGAUUCUGGCCGAUGAGAUGGGUUUGGGUAAGACCGUGCAAGCAUUGGGAUUUUUGGCGCACAUCGCAGAAAGAUAUGAUGUCUGGGGCCCCUUCCUCAUUGUGGCUCCCGCAUCUACCCUGCAUAACUGGGAGCAAGAGGCGUCCCGGUUCGUGCCGAGUUUCCGUGUGGUUCCUUACUGGGGAUCGCCAGGUGAAAGAAAAAUCUUGCGGCAGUUCUGGUCGCAGGGAAAUUUAUCUACCAAAGACUCGCUGUUUCACGUGAUGAUCACUUCAUACCAGCUGGUAGUGUCCGAUUUCAAGUAUUUCCAGAAGCUCCAGUGGCAGUAUAUGAUCUUGGAUGAAGCGCAAGCCAUCAAAAGCACGAACAGUCAGCGAUGGAAAACCCUGUUGGGUUUCCAAUGUCGAAAUCGUCUCCUGCUUAGUGGCACGCCAAUUCAAAAUUCUAUGGCCGAAUUGUGGGCAUUACUUCAUUUCAUCAUGCCGACCCUCUUUGACUCCCACGCUGAGUUCAACGAGUGGUUUUCCAAAGACGUUGAGGGGCAUGCAGAAAAUCGGACGACCAUGGAUUCAAAGCACUUGAGCCGCCUCCACAUGAUCAUGAAGCCUUUCAUGUUGCGUCGAACGAAGAAGGAUGUGGAAAAUGAGUUCUCUGAAAAAGUCGAAGUAAUGAUACAUUGCUCAUUAACCCGCAAACAAAGACUACUGUAUCAGGCGAUGAAGCGUAAGAUCAGUGUUGAUGAUCUUGUGCGAGGAUGUGUUCAGGGGGAUGGAGCUGCUCCAAUUACAACCAAUCUAAUGAAUCUUGUGAUGCAGUUUCGAAAGGUUUGCAAUCAUCCCUCCCUGUUCGAAAGGAAUCAUGCGAAGUCAUCCCUAGUUCUCAGGAGAGUUCAGCUGCGUAUACCGAAGAAGAUCUAUCACAGCGCAAGAGUUCUUCACUCUUCGCGUUGUUUAACCGCGUUGCGUUUAUUUCCAGUUUUUGAUCCAUACCAUGCUCAGUCGGAAAGUAUGAAUGAAUCGUCGAUGUUGUCGUUCUGCCAUCUGUUCGGAAUGAGCCUUGGCGAUCUUUUACGCCUGUUCGUGGGUUCCAAAAGCUGUCGAAAUCGAUGGCAACACGCUAUUGACAGUAUUGAACGCGCCUCUUUGCGUCAACUAGACCAAAUGUUCCAUCCUGUGGGAAGUGAUGAUGCGAUCGAAAAACCGUGGGAAUUCCUGCACGUCUGUCGAUCGAAAUAUGUGCAGAAUUUUUCCGAAAACACAAAUGUGAUGCCGCUUGUGUUCGUCACGCCAUGUCGCCCGUUGUACGCUUAUUUACCGCACAAGUUCAACCAUGUCCUGGAAACGGAGGAGCACAGAAGAAUCCGGCUCCAACGGAAGCGAUCGAAAGCAGGAAAUGAAUGUUUGGAUGAAACUACGGAACGGAAGAGUUGUUGUGCUCCCGAAGGAGAGGAAUCCGAAGUGCAUGUAUACGAAAAUGUUCUAAGCGAGUUGCCUUCGUUUCUGUUUUCCGAAGUGGUUCCAAAGGUUAUGAGCUGUGGUUCUACAUUGUGGUGCAGCUGCUGGCACUUGGUUGCGGAUAUGUGGCGCGAAACCAGUCUAAAUUGGCAGAAGCUAGUGGAUGAUACUGACGGAGUAGCCACCGUCUUGUACGGUCGUUAUCACGAACGUAUUUUAAUGAAGUCAUAUCCAGGGUUCACUGACUGCGUGCCAGUUGGAGGAGUCGAAGCCAUUCCUGCAAUCAGGAAGGCCUGUCAUCAGAUUACAUUUCCUGAUGUCGAAACACUCAUCAGCGAUUCAGGGAAGAUGCAGGCUUUAGACUUGCUGCUCAAUCGACUUAGGGACGAAGGGCAUCGCGUUUUGAUUUAUUCGCAAAUGACACGAAUGAUUGACAUCCUCGAGGAGUACAUGUGUUAUCGACGUCAUAGUUACGUUAGGCUCGAUGGUUCGUCGAAAAUUGCCGACAGGCGAGACAUGGUGGCAGGAUUUCAAGCGAGAUCGGAGAUUUUUGCAUUUCUGCUGAGCACUCGAGCUGGAGGAUUGGGCAUAAAUUUAACUGCUGCGGACACGGUGAUAUUUUAUGACAGUGAUUGGAACCCGACAGUCGAUCAGCAAGCGAUGGAUCGAGCUCAUCGGUUGGGGCAAACCAAACAAGUCACUGUUUACAGAUUGAUUUGUAAGGAUUCAAUUGAGGAACGAAUCCUUCAGCGUGCCCAGGAAAAGAGCGAGAUUCAUCGGAUGGUCAUCAGCGGGGGUUCGUUUCGAGCUGAUGCUUUGCGACCUCAGGAAGUCGUAUCCAUUCUGCUCGAUGAUGCGGAGAUGGAAGAAAAAUUCAACGCAAAACAAGAGGAAAGAAGGGCGAUGGAAGAGCAAAAGCUGGAUAAGAAAAAACGUGGCAGAUUAUCAACGGAUUGGGGAGUUCGAAGCUUCGAUCCAGAUGCUGCCUUGGAGGAUGGCCUGCAAGAAGCACUCGCUUCAGGAUUUGCUCCGAAAACGGCUAAACGUGCGCAAAAGGUGUCAUUGAAGCCAAACGCCGAGCCGAAGAAGGUGGUGAAACCAAGGAAAACUUCCAGUACAUAUCGAAAGUCUAUCUCGAAAACAUCGGCUCAGGAUGUGGCAUCAGUCGCUCCAACGAAUGUCGUACCGACCGAUAAGCUAGAUGCUGGUGUCGACUCCUCGAAUCCGAGACCGAAUCCGAAGAGAUCCGCUGACAAAAUACAGAAAACCGACGUCAGAGUGAAUCGAAUUUCGAAGAAGGUUCAGUCAAUUUCAUUGACUCGUGACGAGUACGGAGAGUUUGUCGCCCGGCCCAACCAGAAAAACCGAAAACGACCACGGACAUCUAUAGAAAAAGAAACUGCAGGUGGAAGCGGAAUUUCAUCUGAGAACCCUAAGAUUCCCAGGUUAGCCGCAGAAGCGGAUGGUGUUAUCGUAGAUGAUUUUCAGAGACCUAGCUCUGCCGAAGAUAGUCCCAAUUCCGGUUCGGAUUCUGGACGAUCUGCUGGUCGCCGACAAAACCGAGCAUCAGGUUUCUAUCGACAGCUACACAUAAGUGGGCGUAAAAACAGAUGAAAGCCUAGUGAACCAAUUAUACGCUGUGAAUUUUUUCCGUCGAAAGUUUAUUUCUUCUCGCUGCGAUUUGGAAGAUCGACGUGCCCCGCGUUGUGAUGAGAGGGGAAAUAAAAGCGCGGUUCUUUUUUUCUUAA